CGAAUGUUAACGCGUACUCCGAAUUAUGGUUUUUAUUAUCUACAUAAAGCAAUGAGUAAUGACAUGGGACGUCCUCCAGCUCAAAAGCAAUAUGAUUACUUGUUGAAAUUUCUUUUGGUUGGUGAUAGUGAUGUGGGUAAACAAGAAAUUUUAUCAGGUCUUGAGGAUGGUUCAGCUGAAUCACCGUUCUGCAGCGGAAGUUGUAGUGCGUACAAAACUACUACAAUUCUUUUGGAUGGCAAAAGAGUUAAACUACAAUUAUGGGACACUUCUGGCCAGGGUCGAUUUUGUACAAUAAUUCGUUCAUAUUCCAGAGGCGCACAAGGUGUUUUAUUAGUUUAUGAUAUUACUAGUAAGUGGUCAUUUGCUGGUUUGGAUCGAUGGCUAAAAGAAGUCGAAGAGCAUGCACCAGGUGUACCCAAAGUUUUAGUUGGUAAUCGAUUACAUUUAGCAUUUAAGAGGCAAGUUGGUGAACGGGAAGCAGAAAUUUACGCAGCUAAACAUCGUAUGGCUUUUUUUGAAGUUAGUCCAUUGUGUAAUUUUAAUAUACGUGAAAGUUUUCGAGAAUUAUCACGUAUGGCAUUAACUAGGAAUGGUAUGGAAAGAUUAUGGCGUUCUAAUAGAGUUUUAAGUCUGCAAGAGUUAUGUUGUCGUGCAAUAGUAGCACGAACCACUGUAUAUAGCAUUGAACAGCUACCCUUACCGCCAUCAAUAAAAUCACACUUAAAAUCGUAUGCGUUAACUGGUGGUGGCCUGUCCACAUUACGACAUUCACACAGUCAUCGUGGCCAUGGUAGUCAUAAGAAACAUCAUCGUUUACCUGGUAGUGGUGCAUCGAGUCCGUCCAAUCCUCAUGGUGGUGCUGCCAGUGUUGGUGAUUCACGGACUAGUUGUGGUGGGCGUAAUUCUUGUGUACUAUCGUGACAAAUAAAUAAUAAGUUGUCGCAGAUGUUCUCUCUUGUUCGACAUCGAUUCAAUAUCACAAAUAAAUAAAUAUUUAUUGUGGCCCCCAAAUGUACAUUCAAGUAUUCAAUUUUUUUGUACAAACAAAUUGGUCAUACACAGGCCAUCGGCUUGUCCGAACACUUCCUUGCUUCCGUAGUGACAGCUAUGGCUGCGCCCGCGAUUUUUUUACUUGAAUUGUAAACAAGAUGGAAUAAUGUAGAGCUAAUUAAUAUUUUGCAUAGUGUAUGAACAUUAUUUGUUUGUACAAUUAAGAGUGACAAACUGUUUGACGAUUGUAAUAUUUAAGGGCCCCUUAAAACAAUUAUUUAUUUUUUUUUUUGGGAAAAAUUAUUGU